AUGUCCUUGACAGAGCUGGCGAAGAUCAUCCUGCGGAAUGCGGAGGUACUAGAUGAACACAUUCGCGCUCACAGUUUACCUGUACCGUCCACCGCAAGCCGCGGCCACUCGCCAAUGAUUCAAUUCGGCACGCAAGCCUCUACAGCAGCAGCUCAGGCCUCGAUGCUAGGUGCUAUCCACAAACUCAACCACCUUGUGCAAGGUCCCGCCGCGCCGUGGCUAGGCACCAUGAACGGCGCGGCCGGCGACGCUAUGACAACCGCCGCAGUCAUCCACUUCGACAUUGUGGACCAUGUUCCGGUAGACGAGGAAGCCGCUUUCGAGGCGGUAGCCCGCAAAUGUGGUAUGGACCUCCGCGACUUCAAGCUCAUCAGUCGCUACGCCAUGACCAACUUCAUCUUCCGCGAACCCCGUCCCAACUACAUUGCGCACACAGCAGCCUCUCUUUGCCUGCGAGAGAAUCGAGUCGUCCGUGCGCUGGCUGCUAUGAGCAAAGAUGAGCUUUACCCGACUUUGGCAUCAGAGAUAGACGCUAUGGCAAACUAUCCAGGAUCUCAAGAACCCUCCGAGUCCGCUUGGGCCAUUGCCAACGGUGCAUCACUGCCAUUGUUCGAGGAGCUCGCAGUACAUCAUCCUUCGCGCGCUACCACUAUGGCGCACGCCAUGGAGAGCCUUGCCAGCAUGCUUCCCGAUUCGAUUACCACCGACCACUUCGACUGGGAAUCACUAGAUAGCGCCCUGAUUGUUGAUGUUGGUGGUGGCAAGGGGUUUGCGUGUCGGGCUCUGGCACUACGUUUCCCCAAGCUUCGCCUCAUUGUACAAGACCUAGAAGCAACAGCGAAAGCCGGCCGAGAGCAGUGUCCUGCCGAGUUGCAAGAGAGGAUCACGUUCACCACGCACGAUUUCUUCUCCGCACAGCCCGUGAGCGCGGACGUAUAUUACUUCCGCGCUAUCAUGCACGACUGGCCGGACAAAUACUGCAUACAGAUUUUGAAGGCCUUGGUCUCAGCGCUGCGGCCGGGCUCACGCGUUGUGAUUCAGGAUCCGCAUACACCAGACCCAUGCACCGUCGGAUGGUGGCAGGAGCGGCAGACGCGUGCGAGUAACCUGCGGAUGAAGGCGUUCUUCAAUAGCCAUGAUCGAGAAAAGCAUGAAUGGGAAGGACUGUUUAGGCAGGCCGAUGAGAGGUACCGGGUCAAGGGCGUGGAUGUGUUCUUAAGGGAGCCGAGCAAUGAGUUUGGCCCUCUGAUGUCGUCGGUAGAGGCCGUUUGGGAAGGAGAAUAG